AUAAACUUCAUUUCAAUAUUUUGAAUUUGAUAUAUCUACAGGAUCCAACAAAAAUUGUCCAACAUAAAGACAAUGCUACUCAAGCUACUGUAUAUAUAAAAUAUAUAUUAUGCAUAGAAAUAGUAGGUUAAACAUGGAUAUUAAUGAGAGCCAAUAGUAAAACUAAACAUUUAAGAUGUCGCUGAAACCAGUAUUAAAAUUGAAGGUUGAUGAACUGUUCCUCAGGUGGCUGAGUGAACCAGAUACACAGCAACUUCUAAAAGAGAAUUUACGACAAAUAAUAAAGGGUGAACCAAUCAAACAUCCACCCUCGAGCGGGAAUUCUUCAAAAUCCGGCCGUCCAACUUCACCGAGGAUCCGUCCUGGGUCACCUUCAACCCCACCCUGUUCCCCACCCCCAGGGAAGUUACAAAGUCCACGGAGUCCACGGAAAGCAGUAGCGGGAAAUAAGUUUGGAAAUCGGAACAACUCAAGCAACAGUAAAAUAACGAAAGAAUCAAAAGAUACAUUCUUACUAGAAAAACAACGAGAAAUCCAAGAAAGAAAACGGGAAAGAGAACAACAAUUACUUGGUGCCGGUGAUGUCAAAAAUAAAGACAAUGAACAAAAUAAAAAUUCAAAUCAACGGACGUUAAAUAUUAACCUGCCUAGGUUUUAUUUUCCAAAUGGACAUCCAAUAGGAAAUGAUGAAAAUGAACAGAUUUUACGAAAAGUGUCUGAGGUAUUUAAAAAAUCAGAAGGCGGAAAAGCAGCUAAAACCCAAAUGGAAAAUAUUAUGAAGACUUGUGGUUUACCUUAUUACUGGCGCCAUCUGAUAUAUUCAGCCAGCGGGGGCGAUAAACUUGGUUAUAUAACGUUUUCUAGCUUCUCUACUAUGUGGAAACGGGUAUGCCAACAGUGUCAUGACGAAGCAGCCAGAUUUGUGAAACUUAUAGCCAAACCUAAGACCAACUAUAUAGUAGCUGAAGACUUGGUGCCCCUAAUACAAGACAUUGUGGACCACCAUGUAGGCUUACAGUUUUUACAAGACGCCCCAGAAUUCCACUCCAGAUAUGUCCAUACUGUAAUAGCUCGUAUAUUCUACUGUGUGAACAGAUCAUGGACUGGAAGAAUAACUGUGCCAGAGUUGAGGAAAAGUAACUUUCUACAAACACUAGCCAUGUUAGAGGAAGAAGAAGAUGUCAAUCAAAUAUUAGACUAUUUCUCUUAUGAACACUUUUAUGUGAUAUAUUGUAAAUUUUGGGAGUUGGACACGGACCACGAUCUAUUCAUCAGCAAAGAGGAUCUCGCAAGACAUAAUGACCAUGCGAUAUCAUCACGUAUGAUUGACAGGAUAUUCUCAGGGGCGGUGACAAGGGGGCGAGCCCAGAAGGAGGGCAAGAUGAGUUAUACAGAGUUUGUCUGGUUCCUCAUUUCUGAAGAGGAUAAGAAACACCCAACAAGUAUAGAGUAUUGGUUCCGAUGUAUGGAUAUAGAUGGCGAUGGUGUUAUAUCCUAUUAUGAAAUGGAAUAUUUCUAUGCUGAACAAUUACAAAAAAUGGAGGCUUUAGGAAUUGAAACAUUACCUUUCGAGGACUGUUUGUGUCAAAUGUUGGAUCUAGUCAAACCAAGGGACCCAAAACGUAUUACGCUUAGUGACCUCAAAUGUUGUAAACUUACACCUAUCUUCUUCGACACAUUCUUCAACCUAGAUAAAUUCUUGGAGCAUGAACAGAGAGAUCCGUUUGCCAAUUCAAGGGACCAAGAUGAUGGUGUUGAGCCGAGCGAUUGGGAGAAAUAUGCGGCUGAGGAAUAUGAAAUCCUUGUAGCAGAAGAAGGUGCAAACGACAAUCAGGAAGAUAUAAAUUAUGAAGAUGAUUUUGAGCCAGAUGAAGAUGAACUAAUCGCAUUAGAAGACCCUCCAAAGAAAAAAGGUGGCGCUGCUAGUAAAGAAUGAGGCUAAUUCAGAAAGAGGCUAUGUGAUUUCCCCAGUGAAGGAGCCUUAGAUUGUGCUCAAGUUAUGCUGAAAGCCAAUGUGUUGUUGAUAGUCUCCAUAGACACACAAGUGAGAGGAUCUCUGAUUGGUUGAAACUAACAUCAACAUGUAGGGGUCAAAUUGGAGGGAAAACAGAAUCAAGGCAGUUUAUGAGCAUAUAGAGUCGGGACUGUUCGAGGGAGUAUGGAAUCGUGACUGUUUGAUAGAUAACAGAAUCAUAAGACCCUGGAAUCAUGACUGUUUGAUUUCAACAACAUACAACAUACUGAAGAUCUAUAGAUAACGUUAGAUAGCUUGAUAUAAAAAAGCUUUCCAAAUAUGGCUAAUCAUUUAGAUGUUCCAAAGAUGGCAUUACUAUGUCUGCUGGCGCCAUCUAUUGACCAAAAUAGCAAUAUAAGGUUGUAGCUUCUUGAUAAUCACUAGAAGUUAAGUUUAUCGUGUUGUCCAUAUUAACUAUAUUUCCCACCACCUAAUACUUGCUUGCUUGCUUGGAUAUAAAAGG